UUGUACUUUUCUAAUUUCUUUAUUACAGCGCAGUAGAAUAUUAUGUACAUAGGUAUUGCGCUAUACAAAUUAAUAUAUCAUCAUUAUCAUCACCAUCAUUAUUAUUUGCCGUUAUUAUUAGAAACAGAACCAGAACUAGAUUUGAGUAUACAAUGACCUGGGGUGGUGCUAGAUAGUGCUGAUGUUUCGCAUUAACAUUACGACUCACUUGUUGAUAGUUAGUUAGGGACUUUGCAAAUUGUCACCUUCAUGUUUUUAGAGCGUUAAUUGGAAUGUGGCAUUGGGUAGCCCUAUCUAUUAGUAUCAUUAUAAUUAUGCUUACGACUUGAUCAUUCCCACACCGGAUCAAAAUUGGUAAUAACAAGUUCCCUUUCUCCCUAGUCUAAUUCCCUAUGGUUAUACAACAUCAAGUUGAUAAUUGAUAAUUGAAUAAUUCGUGGGUGAUGUCUCAAGCAAUCAUUGCGGAUGAUUAGUUCACAAGAGUACUCUUUUUGCAUCCUCUCGACUUAUUUUUCUCUUUAUAUACUUUGCAUCUACCCUGUUGAUACGUACAUCAGUAACCAUGACGACACACGCUUUGUGCCCAAUGCCAUUAUCCUGUGCGUUCGCUCAUAAUGCAAUCGGGAGAAAGUCAGAUAGCUUUCAACCCUUCAUUCAAAGUUUACUUCAUCAGUUGCUCUCUGGCCGAAAGUUGAAAAUAUAUUGCUGUUCGUCACUUUUAAUUUCUUCAAGAAAAGACCUGAAAUCGAAGUGCCGGCUAUGUACGGAAGCGUGAAUGUUAGCAUCAAAGACCUCGUCACUGAGAAAUGGGGAAAUGAAACGUGGGAGAAAAUCAGGAUAAAAGCUGGUGUUGAUGAUCGUUUUGUCAAGUUUGAUAUGUACCCUGACUCAAUCACAUAUCAGAUAGUCGGAGCUGCUUCCGAGGUUUUAGGUGUUGACGGAAACGUUGUAUUGGAGACCUUUGGAGUUUACUGGGUUGUUUGGUGCAUGCGAUGUGGUUACGACGCCCUCUUUCGCGCACUCGGGGCAACGCUGUCUGAUUUCAUGGCGAACUUGGACUUUUUACACAGUGUCUACAUGAAGACCCUUUAUCCUAAGAUGACAGUUCCAUCAUUCAGAGUAGAAGAAUUGGAAAACGAUGAAAUGAUCCUUCAUUAUUACUCCAACCGUAGAGGUCUUGGCAGCAUUGUUUAUGGAUGCGUGAAAGCGGUUGGAAGAAUCAUCUUUAACACGGAAGUGGAGAUUGAACUUUUGUCACAUGACCAGGCAGAGUAUUGCGGGAUACUGAAAGAUCACUACAAGUAUCACGUGUGCUUCGUCAAGUUCGAUCUAGCUCCGUUAGGUACAGAUGGAAUCGUUACGGAAGAGGAAUGGACAUCCAUUGUUGAUGGAACAUCACAUCUUAUUGGUGGCGGUGGGUCUCGUCCACAAAGCCAUGAUUCGAUGAAGAGGGACUUGGUUCGUGUUGGAUCGGCCAAACGAUGUCCUUUCUCAGGAAUGGAUAUCAGAAUGAUGGAAAACAACAUAACAGAGGGAAAGGUGUCAAUGGAUAAAAGCCUCCCGGAAAUUUCUGAAAAGCGCAUCCUGCCGAUCAGUCAUUUCAAACCGAAGGUUCCAGCAAGGAUUCUUCUAGAUCCCGAGACAUUCUGCAAGACUUUCCCUUACCACAUCCUCUUCAACGGUGACCUGAUGAUCAUGCAUUCUGGAUCGAAGCUACAACAGUUCUGCCCGUUGAUCAACGAUGAGGGCGCUAGACUCAGGGAUAUCUUGAUCCUUGAUCAUCCACAAAUCGAGUUGACGUCUGAGAAUAUAUUUCUGUUUCUGAACAUGAUCUUCAUGGCAACGCUGAAGAAAGAAGCCAUGGCACCACACAUGCCGGUUGUUUCUCUGAGAGGUCAGAUGGUGUGGAUGCCAGAAUCCAAUCUCUUCGUAUUUCUCUGCUCUCCUCAACUCACAUCUCUUAAUGACCUCCGUGACAGGAAAAUGCACUUUUCAGACAUCGCAUCACAUGAUCUCACACGUGACCUGAUACUUUUUAAUCAACAGAGAAUCGCGGAGGUUGAGUUAGCAAAGCAGCUCGAACAGAAGAAAGAGGAACUGCGCAUACUCAUGAGAGAUCUCGAACUGGAAAAGAAGAAAACCGAUACACUUCUGUACUCCAUGCUGCCGAAAGAGGUCGCUAAUGAUCUGAGAGAUGGCAAGAAAGUUGAGGCAGGUGAUUUUCAGCAAGUGACGAUUUCCUUCAGUGAUAUUGUCAAAUUCACAGAUAUGUGCGCCCAAUGUGACCCUAUACAGAUUGUUCACCUUCUCAAUGAGAUGUACGUUGUGUUUGAUGAACUAACAAGUGUGCACAAUGUCUACAAGGUUGAAACAAUCGGUGAUGCAUACAUGACGGUAGGAGGAUUACCUAUUCCUAAUGAUACCCACGCUGAACAGGUCACUUCUUUUGGUCUUGGUCAGAUUGAAGGGGUCAAGAGCAUCUCCUCGCCCGUCACAGGCGAGAAAAUACAGAUUCGAGUUGGUAUUCACACCGGUCCUGUAGUAGCUGGAGUUGUUGGUGUAAAGAUGCCUCGAUACUGUUUGUUUGGUGAUACUGUCAACACGGCGUCAAGAAUGGAAAGCCAUGGGGUGCCAGGAAAAGUACAUAUCAGCCCUUCUACAUACAGAGCAAUUAAGGGGAAAGGAUUUGAAACCGAGGCAAGAGGUGGAACGGAAAUCAAAGGCAAAGGCAGAAUGAUGACACACUUUGUGACGUCACGAACUAACCAGGCCAAUGAUGACUCUUCGGCAUCAGAAGAAGAGGCCGAUGACCAGUCUAGUUCUGAUGACAAUGGCAUACAUGUCCCCGUGAUUAUAAACGAACCGAUCCCGACAACGAAUAUCGAGGAAAAAAUCACGACAGCAGAUGUUACUACGCCCUCUGGUGUCAAGAACGAGCCGUCAAAGACACAAUCCUCGUCAUCUUACGGCGACAAUGGAAGGAACACAUCUUCGACAUUAUGCAUUGUGCUUUAAACUCUUACAUGCGAUUCAAAGUUGGAUAUAGUAAACUUUACUUAAACAUUAAAUACGACACAUUAAAUAGAACAUCAUUUCCUAAAAAUACGGUAUAUUUGUUUUAUAUACAUAUACAAGACUUAGGAUAUUUUUAUUUUCUAUGUUUUAAACUUUUUAUUAUAUUUAUCCAUGAAAUGUUCAGUGAACAUUUGCGCCUUCUGAAUUUGUGUACUUUGAUUCUUGUUAACGUUGUUAUGGAUAUACGCCUUGAAGAUUUUUAAUUACAUAUUUUAUGCAUACAUAUACAUGCAUACAUAAUGUGCAAUUUACAGGUAUACAGUAUACAUAACAAUAUUCACUGUGUUAAUAAUGUAAAUAUAACCAAUUUAAAGUGGAAACAUAGAUAUCGGUCGCACCAAAUGAAUAAUAUUGAUUAUUUGUAAAUGAAAAUGUACCUUGAAUCACGAUCAUUAAAAGGAAAAUUUGUGUUUCAGGCGUAUUCCACUACAGAUUUAACUUUUAUAUUGUCACGCUCUUUUUUUGGUCAUGAAAUCUUUAAUUUAAUAAUAAAGUUCGUAUCAAAAAGAAGUUUACACCUAGAAAAAAUCGUGUAAAAUUAUAUAUUUGUAAUAUCCUGAAGAUUUUUCCACAUUUUAACAUUGGUACAGAUCCAUUUAA